GUUGGCUUACGAAACUCCAAUGGAUGGCAACACUUCUACCCACCUGCUCAUAUCACAAGAUGAAGCAGAAAAAGGAUCUGAUGUGCGAAGUACUGAAACAGAGCAACAACCUAAACCAAAAGAGCCAUGGAGAGGAGAAUGUGUGAAAAGCAUCGUGUAUGCGGGCCUCGACGCCAUUGUCACCUGCUUCGCCCUCAUCUCUUCCAUCUCCGCCGGUCACCUCUCUUCCGUGGAUGUGUUAGUGCUGGGUUUUGCGAAUUUGGUGGCGGAUGGGAUAUCAAUGGGGUUUGGGGAUUUUGUGUCGAGUAGAGCAGAGAGGGAUAUGGCCGCAAAGGAGAGGAUGGUCACUGAAUGGGAGAUCACUAACCAGCAUGGACACCCACGGCAGCAGAAAGACGAAUUAAUCCAGAGAUAUCAAGCGCUUGGAAUGGACUUUCAUGAUGCUGUCACCGUAGUGAAGGUGUUCUCCAAGUACAAGGACAUAUUGGUGGACGAGAAGAUGACGGCCGAGAAACGAAUGCUGCCACCGGACCAGGCGGAGAAGCCAUGGAAGAAUGGACUCAUCACCUUUGUGGCCUUCCUCGUCUUCGGGAGUUUUCCUUUGUUGUCGUUCAUCAUACUCCUCCCAUUCACUAGGAAUGAGUCCCUCAAAUUCUGGGGUGCAUGUGCCCUCUCAGCCCUGGCUCUAGCCCUUCUCGGCUUGGCCAAGGCCAAGAUUGCCGGUCAAAACUAUGCCCUCUCCAUAGCCGGCACGCUCUUCAACGGUGCCAUUGCUGCUGCCUCAGCUUACCUCAUAGGCUGGGCUCUCAGGAACCUUGCUGGUCUCCAAGACUAAAUCUUUCUUCAAUG